AUGUUCCCGGAGAACUACGAGGAACCGAUAGAGGACGUCACGAAGGAGGAGGGCGAAGAGUCAGAGUUCUCGGCCAAGGAGGACGACGAGUACUCGCCAUACGCCCACCUGCCGCUCACCCCAAAAGAGCUCUCCGCCCUGCACACAUUCCCGCUCUUCACGCGGCGCAUCACACAGCAGACGGGUAAGGGCAAAAUCCACAGGAUGUACUCCCUCGUUGUUGUCGGAAACGGGAACGGACUCGUCGGAUAUGGGGAGGGCAAGGACGACGAGGUCGCGCGCGCGAUAGACAAGGCGUUCCUGCAGGCGGUCCGCACCAUGGACUACGUCGACCGCUAUGAAGACCGCACGAUCUGGACGGACAUGGAAAGCAAGCUGGGCGCGACGCGCGUCAUCCUGCGGCCGCGUCCCGUCGGUUUCGGCCUGCACUGCAAUCCCAACAUUCACCAGGUCCUCAAGGCCGCAGGCAUCAAGGAUAUCAGCGCGAAGGUGUGGGGGAGCCGCAAUCCGCUGAAUGUCAUCAAGCUGCUGUUCAGAAUGCUGCAUCCCGGGAAUGCGCCAUUAUCAAUGGGAAACGGGAUUGGAGGCAGGGGCCGCAAGUUGGACAAGGGUUCAGGCGUGAGGGGAAAGCAAGAGAUCGAGCGGGAACGAGGGAGGAAACUGGUCAGCCUUCGAACGUGGUGA